GGCGGGAAGAACAAGUGCCACCGACACACUGGAAUGAAGGGUUAUUCAUCAAGAUACGAUGGAGAGGAGAUCUGAGCAAGUGUGAGGACUACAGAGAAAUCACACUGCUGUCACUAUUGGAGAACGUUUUCAACAGAGUGUUGUCGAGCAUGAUGAGAUUCAGUAGAUACCCGACCUCGAGAUCAACAGACUGGAUUAUGUAAGGAUUGAUCGUGUGUUGACUACUUCGAGACACAAUGGAUCGUCGAUGGGCAUUCGAUUGAAUGGAACUCGUAACCAUAGGUCAAAUUCCUUGAAUAUGAGAAAGCGUUUGACAGUGUGGAUAAGAGAACUUAAUGGAGCCGUCUCUGACACUAUGGCGUACUUUGGAAAAUUAUCAACAUCAUACGGAAUUCAGAAGACGGACUGAAAUGCUGUGCAAAGAGGAUAGCUGAUAGAUGCAUCCCAAGUGAGGACCGGUGUCAGACAAGACUGUAUACUCUUGCCUUUCCUCUUUCGUCUGAUCGUUAUCCGGAUGACGAAGAAAUCCAUACCCCAUGGGAAGCACGGAGUACAAUGGACAUCUUGGAUGCAACUAGAUGAUUUGGAAUUCAUAGGUGAUCAAGUUUCUCUAUCUCAUACACAGUAAUAAAUCCGAGUGAAGACAGCCAAUGUAGCAUCAGGCUUUACAAGAGUAGGUCUCAAUAUACGCAAGGAAAAUAGCGAGAUCCCAAAAUACAAUACAGAGAUCGACAGCACGAUCACACUUGAUGGAGAAGCAAUGGAAGGAGUGGAAAGUUCAAUGUACCUGGACAACAUAAUCGAUAAAGAGAGAGGACUGACGCAGAUGUGAAGGCAAUGAUUGUCAAAGCAUGGGCAGCAUUCCUGCAGGGGAAGAACAUAUGGAACUAAAAACGAAUGUCAUUCAACAUCAAAGUCAGAACUUUCAAUGUGUGACUCUGAGACUUGGAGAAUGAAAACGACAAUUAUCAAAACAGUACAGUUAUUUAUAAAAAAUUGUCUACGUAAGAUACUCAAUUUCUGUUGAUCGAAUACCAACAACUUAUUGUGGGGAAAUACAGACCAGCUUCCAGCUGGGGAGGAAAUUAUGGCAAGAUGCUGGAUGGGGAUGUGCAUCUAUUUCGGAAAUCAUCAAACUGUAUCACAAGGCAAGUGCUAACUUGGUAUCCUAAAGGGAAAAGGAAAAGCGGAAAACUAAUGAACACGUGGCGUCGGGAACUGGAAGCAGACGUGAAAAGAAUGAAUAGCAACUGGAAACGACUGACCAGAAUAGAGAUGGAUAGAAAAUGCUUGCCAGAAGCCUAUGCUGCCCCACGAGAAGUAACAGGAGAAGGUAAGUAUAAAAUUGAACGCUACAUUCGUUAAACACGCUUCUCCUCACACUCCCUCAGCACCCAAGAUUCCUUUGGGCUGGGUGCGAAUCGCCCAAUAUUUCAAGAAAAAGCUGGUUAUGAUUUAAUUUUCAAAAUUAAUGAGAGGGGAUACAAGUGUUUCUUCUAGCAUUCCCCUUUGUAUUGUUAACUCGAUCUUUCGAUUUUUAAGGGGAUGAAACAAGGGUUUAGCCUUUUAGUCAUAAAGAGCAGAACUUCAAGAGGCUAACAAUUAGCCAUUUCUGCUCAAGUUUUACUUCAACACAACAUCGACAUCGUCUGACAGUUGGAGUCGCGCGGAAGACUUAAAUGGGACUGGUGUAACGGUAUUAAAGUUACUAAUGCGGGUUUGUUUUCCUUGUUGCAGGGCAGAAAAGAAUAAACGUACUGAAAGAAGAGGAACAGGUCCUGCGCAAGCUGGACCUGCAGAACAAUGAAUAAAUCCAUUUUGUAAUAAGUUUCCCUUUUUGUACUCGAACCGCGUCUUUCAAUUUUUAAAUAUAUAUCUGUUGUGCCAGUACGUCGCGUUCUUACUUCAGUGGCGUUUACCGGUCCUGACUGUUGUGUUGUGUUCUAGAUCUCUAUUGCUUCCAAGUGAACGCUAAUAGUACGUGCUACACUGUCUUAUUCAGAUCCAUUAAAUGUAUAAUGGGGGAUCAACUACUUUUCGAAAAUCUUGACGAGAAGCUAGAAGAUGAAGAUGGAUUUAUUACUGCAAGUUGGUUAUCUAUCACUUUCGACUUGAAUAUAGAUGCAUCGAGACGUUUGAUGGCGGCAUAUAUCCAGGCACGUGACAACUUGGCAUCUGUAUAUCUACUGACUGGGAUCAGUAAACAAAAUGAUAUAUUAGUUAAGUUGGCCAAUUCAGACCAGUUAUCACUGGCUCAGAAGUCGUUCUCGUUUCCACCUAAAUGUGUUGUGUAUAGUAUACAACGCCGACAAUGCAAGGAUUCUUUAUCAUUGGCUUGCUACGAUUUACUGCAUAAUAUUUCUACAAAUCAAUUAAAAAGAUUAACUAGUAUUCCGUGGGAGUCAUCUUCUGAUCCACUGCCAUGUCGAGAAAAUCAAGAGACUGCACAAAAAACACCGGAACAUGUUGAUUCUCCUGUGUUACCGAGUCUUGCUACCAGUGGAUGCAAUAAGAAAAUUAAAACUUCAGAUUUCAAAAACUUUUUCAGUAAGAUUGAAAAGUCUGUCCAGGAUGAUAAAACGCUUGAAAAUUAUUUAGCAACAAGCACAAAGAAUAACAUGAUUCCUAAGCCAGUAGAAAGUGGGAAACUGGAUGUAUCGGACGAAGACGAAGAAUUUGGUUUGAAAACCACAUAUUCUUCGCAAAAGCGAAAAUGUAUUGUCAUUGAAUCCGAUGAAGAAAAAGAAGAAAGUAGUACAGUGACUAAGGAUUGCGUGUCUACUAAUUUAUUUAAUUCUAAGGCAAGUACGAAACUUAGAAACAAUGAUAUACAGAAAAAGCGACCUACUCGCAGAAAAGAUAAACUGAAAGUAUUAGCUUCUGAUUCAGAAGCUGAUUCAUUUCUCAUGGAGCCUACACAAUCUGAAAAAUCACCCGACAAUGUUAAAAAAAUCGGUGUUAAAACUUUGUCAACACCGAUUAAGUGUGAAGAAAAUUCAAGAACUGAGAAAUCUAGCUGUGCCGCUGGUUUAAAUCGUAUUCGUCACCAAGUAAUGAAAACGUUUGCAGAUGAAGAUGGCUUUAUGGUUACGGAAAAAGGCUGGGAAUGUUCAUCAGAUGAUGAAACCUCUAAACCGACAACAGCACCCUCUCCUUGUAUGGAUCAAAAUGAGAAAAAUGAACGGGUUGUUCAACCGAAAAUUGAUAAUCCUGUCUCUCUAACUGCACCACCAACGAUUCAACAGACUAAGCCACCCAAACAAUCAAACAAAAAGAACACGAAUAAUAAGCCGGCAGCUAGUAAACAAGCUUCAUUGUCAUCAUUUUUCAAGCCUAGUAAUACUGCAAACUAAUUACUUGGAGAUUCAAUUGUUAAUUAUUUUCUAUGAUUCUCUUAUGGAAUCUCUGUAUAAAAACGAUUUAUUUAAAAAAAAAUUAGAACAUUUUCUGUGUAUCGGACAAUUAACUUCGUAU